GCAGCUGUGCUUUCCUGUACUUUAAAUUAGUUAACUAGCCUAUCGAAGGAUUAUGUCCUGAAAUACAGCUACGUAACACGAAACAGCUACGUAAGGGAAGUAAGGAAGGGCUUUCUGCUUAAAUAGGGAUCGAGCCUAAACGCGAGCAGCUUCGGUUUUUUCCUCGGUUCUGCCACCUGGUGUGCUGGAUGUGCGGAAAGGUCAAAGCUGUGGAGCGGCCAAAGCAACCGUGUAACUAUAUUUUUAAAUGUUAUGUUUUUACAUUAUUAUCAUAAUUUCAUGUCAGAUUUGUCGAGUUCGAGAUUUUAAAAACGUAUUUUAUUUUAUUAUUAUUAUUUUCCACAAACCCUUACGUCUGGUGUGACGUCAUAUUCAUGCGGCAGAAGUCGUUUGCGAUCGCAUGGUGCUGUGUCUGUGCGGACUUUACCCUUCGCGCUGUGCGGCACUUCAUUGCGUUAUAACGUUACAGUGAAAAUGGCUGAUUUCAGUAGUUUUGAUAUGCCGUCCGCCAAUUCGUCGGAAAAAGCCGACGCUGCAGAGCUUCAGCGACUGUUAGCCGUGGAGCAACAGAAAGCCCAGUUUCAGGCUCAGGUGCACAACUUCACGGACGUCUGCUGGGACAAGUGCAUGGAUAAGCCAAGCUCCAAGCUGGACUCGCGGACGGAGACGUGUCUGGUGAGCUGCGUGGAGCGCUUCAUCGACACCACCCUGACCAUCACCAACCGCUUCUCACAGAUGGUCCAGAAGGGCACGCACUGACCCCCUUGGAGGAUGACUGUUUGGAGGAGGCAUAUCUGUUCAUCCACAUUUUUAAAUGGGGGCUGGAUCUCAAAGAGGCUCCCUGUAACCAACAUAUAAUCUAUUAUUUUUACAACAAGGAGCCAUUUGAGAUUCAUGCCCUGGUUGUGUCUCAAAUAACUCCUCAAACCUGACAUAGUUCUACCCAAAUCAUACGCUGUCCAGUAGGGGGCCAUCUGGGAUUCAGGCUCAGUUUCUCUUUGGCUCCCUUCGUCAUGGGAAUGAAGGUCUAAUGUUCUGCCUCAGCCUCAGUGUUUGGUGAAGGACACACUACACAGCACCUUCCAACCAUGUUCGUUGUAGAUCUUCCACUUCGUAUUUCCUUUAUUUAUAUCCGAUGACCCCAGCAGGACAGCAGUGGACUUUGCGGUAAUAGUGCAUAUUUAGGUUAAUGUUUAGGUUAAUCAUUAGGGACAGUGAUUAUAAUUUUCAAGCAGGCAAACUUUCCUGUAUUAGAGUUUAGAAAACUGUGAACAAAUUAUGAAGAUGUUUCUCUCUGAAAUAUUAUCACUUACAAAACAAAUGCAGAUCAGUUUGUUAAUAAAUGGAUGAUUAGUCAA